AUGACGGACAAAAGUAGUUCUCGUGAAAAGAAACGGACGUUUUUAUCCCUGCUCUCGUCAAAGAACAACAUAAACGAGAAGAAAAAGUCAACGGUGUGGGGACCGCUUUGGGAUUCCCCGACGAGGAGGAUUAAGAAACAGAAGGAAGAAGAAGAAGGGAGAAAACCAACCAAUACUAUAUCAGAUUUCGCUCUGACGACACCACCAAACGAACCAGAAGCGAGAGACAGGAACAACCUUGCAAUGGAGGAGAAAAACGCCGAGGAUGCGAGCAGUGGUAAAAGAAGCUUCUUGGAAGCCUCUUUGGGCGGAUUCCACGCAAACGCGACGGGAGACGAAGACGACGAAAAAGAAGAAGAAACAAUGAAGGAUGAGACGAUGACGAUGGCAAAAGAAGAGCAACAAAACGGCGGCGCGAGACCGGCGGCGGUUGGUGAAAAAGUUGGUGAACUUUUGCUCUCGAGAACGCUCGCCUCGAAACCACCGAUGAAAGGUUUCGCCUUUCUUAAAUCGAGCGAGUUUGAGCAGUUUAAAGAGAACUACUGGCAGCGGCAAAAAGAGAUGAAGAAGAAAACAAAACACGCGUCGAUGAUUCCACGGGGACCACAACCACCGCCGCCGCUCGAGGAGAAUAUUAAGAAGAAGACAAACGUUCCUAAAAGGAGGACGACGGCGGCAUUAUCAAACGAUGACGACGUCCACCAAAAUUCGCCGCCCGUUGUUCUUCGUGGCCACGUGUACUCUGUAGUCGUACCCUCUGCGCCGUCGUCUGAAUCGUCGUCGUCGCUAGCAACUCGCGAGGACCAAAACAGAAGACGAAGAAGAAGCUUCCUCGUCAAGUUGGAAGCGCAGUUUGGGGACGAUGGACAAAAAUGGCAGGCGUUGGAAGCGUACGUGUCCCCGUCCUCGUACUCGUCCGAGGAAAGCGAAUAA